AUGACUCGCCUUAUCACUGUCUUUGGUGCCACUGGCAAUCAGGGGGGUUCCGUCAUCAACGCCAUUCUGGCACACCCCGCGGCGUCUAAGGACUUCAAGAUCCGUGGCAUCACUCGCGAUGUUUCUAAGCCUUCUGCCCAGGCCUUGCUGAAGCAGGGAGUCGAGAUCAAAAGCGCUGAUAUGGACUCGGUUGAUUCGCUCCGUGAUGCUCUUGCCAGAUCUCACAUCGUAUUACUUGUUACCACCCCUGGCUGGGGUGAGGGAGGUGCCGCAAUUGAGUUGACUCACGGCACUAACGUCGCCAACGCUGCCAAGGAGGCUGGCGUGGAGCACAUCAUCUAUUCAUCGCUCUUAAAUGUUACCGAAACCUCCAGUGGCCGGCUCACUCACGUCCCUCACUUCGAUUAUAAGCAGAAGACGGAGCAAUACAUUCGCUCCACCGGCGUUCCCGCAACCUUCGUUCUUCCCAGUUAUUUCAUGUCUAAUUUUGCUGCCUUCGGCAUGAUCCGUAAGGGCGAAGACGGGGUUUAUAGCCUAGCAUACCCCGUUGCAGACAAUGCCAAGUUUCCCUUGAUUGACAUUCUCAAGGACCUUGCUGAGAGCUAUCCUGAAAAGGUGUUCUGCAAAUUUGUCCUCGCCGGCAUCUUGAAGCGCACUGAGCUAAUCGGCGCCCAGAUCUUGGCCGCUGACAACUACUACACUCCCGCUGAGAUUUUGAAUAAUUUUGAGGCUGUCACUGGACAAAAAACCCGCUAUGUGCAGGUCGACUCGGACACAUACAAGAGUUUCAUGCCCCCCGCGCUUGCAGAUGAGUUGCUGGAGAACCAUCUCUUCAUCGAGGAACCUGGCUACUAUAACGGCCGCAGCCUUGACAGCACCAAGGCACUUUUGUCGAGCGUUGGCCCAAAGACCGAGACCUGGAAGCAGUACGUUGAGAAAUACAAGGACUCUUUGCUCUGA